AUGGACGCUAUCCUCCAAACCCACUUCUCGAACAUUGAGACCGCCCUCACCACCCUCACCGACUCCAUAGCCUCCUACAAUCCUUCCAUCCCCGCCGCGCACUCCCUCGUAGCUGCAGACGAGGAGCUCCAAGUCGGCCUCAAACGAUUGCUCACCCACCAGAAGAACCACGCUCGUAUUCAACAGCUCAGACAAACAAUUGACCGUCAAAAUGCCGAGAUAAGAUCCACGAUUCAGCUUCUUGCGGACACGCGCGCGGAGCUACUGGCAAUACCAAAUUCAUUAGCCCCCUCGAACAGGCGGGAUGUCGAUUGCGGCGAGCUGCUCGAUUUUGCGAAACGAAUAUCCCGUUUCAGUAUACCGACGAACUUCAGGAGAGGUGAGGGGAGGAAAGCCACCGACGGAGUAGCAGAAGGACCAACAGUAAAUGAAAUUGGAACCGCGAAAGAGGACUCAGACGACGUGGAGGGCAUCGGCCUACAGUCGCUGAAGGAGGAAGAGAAACAGUGGCUUGAUCCGUUCACCGGGGUGCAAUUUACCCCAUGGCCUAGUGAGGAGGUCAUUAGGAGCAGCGCUUUAGCACGCAUCCAAAGUGGGGGUGAAGAUGCUGAGGAGGCAAAGCGCAGAAUAGAAGAAGAACGGAGAGUUGAGGAGGAGAAGGAGAGAGAAGAGGCGCGGAAACAGGAAGAGGAAAGCAGAAGGCGGGAGGAGCAGAGACGGCAUGAUGGUGCGAAAGAGAAGGAUGUGGAGGAGAAGCCGAAGGUGUUUGGAGGAUUGGAUCUUUAUGAUCCUGACGAUGAAAUGUAG